CCUCCCGCUCUGACUGUGAGAAUGCCCGUGCUGUACUGACAGAAACGAUACGGGCUUAGCAGACAUGGAGGCCCGAUUAACGAGAGAGGCCCAUUCCGACGCGUCUGAGCUCGACUAACGCGGACCCGGAGACGGAUUCGGGCGACAUAUCGGAUUAUCACGGCGAUUUGAAGAUAAAUAUCCGAGCGACCAUGCUGUUGCGUACGAAGGGAGGAUUUUGAACGCAAAUUAUGUGAACGCCGUUCUGGAUCGCUGUUAAGUUUGAAGGUGAGAGGGCUGGGCACUUGGGAAGGGACGACGUUACUUCAACCCAACAAGGAUUUUUUUCCAAGCUCUGCUUUUCCCCCCUUCCCCUUCCCCUUCAUUCCACUUCCUCCUUCCUACCUGACAUCUGCACGGUUCUCCAGUACCUACCUGUACCUGUGAGUGAGAACAUCCUGUCCCACUCAAGCCCCCCUUGUUCCCCAAAUCACCAAUGGAUCAGAGGACACAGGGGGGGCCCUCUACGCCACCCCCGCUCCCUGCCAACGCCCCUCCAGCAGAACGCGAAAAAGAGGGAGUAGGAGGAAAGAAGGACGAUGAAGAGGAAAAGAAAAAGCGAGAGAAACCAAGAGAUGGGGCUCAAAGUGAAACUUCUGGUGCUGAGAGUGGGACUAGUGACCAGCAGCAGCAACAGCAGCAGCAACCCGCACAGUUCUCGGUCAAAGAAACCAGUUACUCUGAGGGCAAUGUCAAGCUCAAGAUAGGUCUACAGGCCAAGCGCAUGAAGAAGCCUCCUAAGAUACUGGAGAACUAUGUCUGUCGCCCAGCCUUUCGAGCAACUGUUAGGCAUAGUGGAGGACGAGGCGGAGGGCGUGUUAAUCGUGGGGCCGGAGCCAAUGAUGCGAGCAGCAACACUUCUAGCCCAAGUCGUGGAAAAGAAGCAGAGAAAAGCGCCUCGGUCAGCCGAGGAGCAUCUUUAUCAUCUACUGCUCCUGCUGCUGCAUCUCCCUCACCUUCUCUUCCUCCUCCCGUUUCCACCAGCCCAGUCACACCUGUGAAUGGAAGUGCUCCAGCAAAAAGGGCUCCUCCAAAACUUGCCUGUAAGUCUGAGGGAAAGGCUGAUGUAAAAUCUGUUGCUUCUUCAGAGAGACCCCUUAAUCUUCAUCGCCCCCUGACAGAAAGCAAAUCAUCCUCCUCUGGAAAGAAAAACCAUGCUCCACAAACCAACUCUGCUCCUGCCCCAUCGCCACCGACAAUUCCCCCAGCUGCCACAUCGCAACAGGACUCCAAAACGGAUGGUAGCUUAAAAACUCCUCAGUACAAUUUUCCUGAGGGGCAGAAGGAACAAGAAAGGGGAAUUUCUGCCUGGGGUACCCCUACGGUAACUGCGAAGCUUGCUCAGCUCAUAGCUACAUGCCCGCCUUCAAAGUGCCCUAAGCCAAAAGCCCGGAAGGUGUCACCAGCUCCAGCACACAGUAGCUCACCUCCAUUAAUUUCUAAUCUGCAGCGCCCUGAACGGGCUAUGGCCAAUAGGAACACUUAUUCCAGGGCGGUGCACCUUGCCCCACCACCACCGGUUUCACGGCCCCCAGGUCGCCCAUAUGGCUCCAAAAAUAAAGAGAGUAUCCUGGAGAAAUUUUCUGGCACCUCUAGAAAAGAGGAGUCAGAUGGACUUUCAAAAGGAGUCACCAGUAGCAACAGCAGCACAACCACCACCACCACUAGUACUGCACUGUCUCAAAACAGUAGUCGCUUGACGACGACAUCCACAAACGAUAGCACUGACAACAGUACCACCAGUGGAAUGAAAUCUCAGUCUCGUCUUGGGCUUUGCCCAUCUCAUUCUUCCUCCACGGCUUCUCUUUCAUCACCACCAUCUUCCUCUUCUUCGUCCUCCUCUUUAGAAAGAAUAGGAAGUACAGGCUGUCACAUGGGUUUGCCAGGCUCACUAACCUCACGGCCUAGAGCGAGCCCCUCACGAUUAGAGGAGUUUACUGAGAAAGACAAAGAGCGUGAGCGAGACAAAGACAUGGACAGUCCCAGAGAUUUAAGUAAGGGUUCUACUCCGGCCAUGCCAGGGAAGCAAGAUGCUAAAGAAAGGUGUUCUUUGUCAGCUCCUCGAAGUGAGAGGGGUAAGAGCUCAAGCCCAGUCAAACGUAGUCCCAAUCAGGAAAGUCGUGUUAGUGGGGUACCAAGUCCUGCUGAGUCCACCAAAUGCACUAUUUCACCUUCAUACCCUUCUGGUGCCAGCAGGAGCCCACCUCCACUAUGCGACGACACUGGGGCUCUAUCUCCUGCAUCACCAGCUGAGCAGGAUUCAAAGCCUCUGAAGAAGCGGCGAGGACGACGGCCUCGCUGGACGAAGGCAGUGAGUCGCACCCACAAAACUUUACAUGAGGCUGCUUCUAACCAUCAGAAACCAAUGCCAUCAGGGCUUUCCUCCUCAUCUCCUACUCGGCAACCUGUGGAACGGACUCCCUCUGCUAAUCGCAUGUCCCCUGUUGAUUCUGAAUUUUUUGAUUCUUCACCCAAGAAGAGGGGACGGCCCAAGUCCAAAAUGCCUCGGUUAGAUGCACCAGCACGUGGCCGCACCCCGAACAAACUGGCACCCUCAAAAGUCUACUCCAGUCUGCUCAAAUCUAAGGAGGAGCAGGAUCCCCCUGUUUUGCAUCCUGAAGUGGACUUUCAUCCACCUAAACCCAUGCAAAGAAAGCGAGGGCGACCCAAGCGCUCGCCACCAAACCUUCCGCAAGAAACCCAGCCCCCAACACUUGCUCCUGAGUCGGGGGAUACUUCAGUAGGUGAAAAACCUUUUCGUAGCAAGGGCAAUGGGCAGCUCAUCAUGAAGACAAUUAUAGGCAAAAUUAAUAAAAUGAAAACAGUAAAACGAAAGAGGUUCCUGAGCCAGAUACUCCUUGGGCCAAAACCAGGGACUGAACAGGAAAGCUCCAGAAGCAGCGGAGCGCCAGGGGCUGCGGCUGCUACAAAACCACAGUCUCUAUCAUCACUUGCUGCUACAUUCGGGGGCAAAUUAGGACCCCAGAUCAACGUUAGCAAAAAGGGGACAAUAUACAUGGGUAAACGGAGGGGUCGUAAGCCAAAAACAUCAGCGAAUCCUUCCCCAGGAGCCCCCACGCCCCCUCCUGAACCUUUCUUGUCACCAAACACUUCGUCCCCACACCAUCAUCACCAGUCGCAGGCCUUACAAAACCAGCAACACCAGUUGCCUCCGUCUGAGGUGUUCCCUUCCCCAUCGCUCUCGCAAUCAAGUGGGGGCCAGAGUCCCAUUAGCGAUGCUAGCUUUGUUGAGCCUGGCUCAGUGCAUUUCUCAUCCCACCCACACUGCAGCCAUUCCCAUCAGGGCCACCACUCAUUCUCCUUUCCCCCACCUACUUUUUCAGCCCCCUCUGCUCGCACUGUAGCAAGCUCCUCAUCAUCCACAGCAAACCCAUCUCAAAAGAAAUCAUCAUGCCGGGGUUACCACCAUCACCACCACCACUACCGGCAGCACUACCAUUACCGAAAGUUUUCUCCACCAAGGCCACUCUUGCCCACGUCUCCUGCUCCUCUUAGUGAGCUGAAGGAGGCUACACCUUCCCCAGUCAGCGAGUCGCAUAGCGAAGAGACGGUACCCAGUGACAGUGGCAUUGGGACAGACAACAACAGCACCUCAGACCGUGGGGAAAAGGCUGGCAGUGCAAGUGGCUUAGCUGGUGUAGGGGUCUCGCAGGGUAUGGCAAGUGGACUCUUAAUGCCUGGCGUCAUAGGUCCAGCCAUGGGAGCUGGAAUGGGGCUUUCUUCGAGAGGUCGAAGGAGGCACUCAUCUUCAGUUCUCUUGGAACGUCCCUCACCUACACCCUCCCCACUUGGAGCGAGGGCAUCGCCUGAUACAAGAAGACCGCACCCAGCUGCCCCGUCUCCAGCUUUAGUAGGACAUAAAGAGAAGCACAAGCAUAAGUGCAAACGCCGUGGACAUGGCUGCCCUAGUUAUGACAAACUAAAAAGGCAAAAGCGCAAGCGCAAGAAGAAGUACCUGCAGCUGCGGUCACGCCGGCAAGACCCAGACUUCUUGGCAGAUUUGGAUGAGAUCUGCGUGCAGCUCAGUGAUAUACGAAUUGGUCAUCGCACACCUACGCUUCGUUUGGGUAGCAGUUUGGGUCUGGGUGCAGGGGCACCAGGCCCUGGCCGUGGAUCUACCUUGGGUAGUGCCAGAGCCAGCAGCAGCCUUGGAGGUGGAACCAAUCCACCACCUCAUCACUAUCUACACAGAGACCUCUUGCCCACCAUCUUUAGGAUCAAUUUUAGUGGAUAUUAUUCACCCCACCCAGCCUACCCAUGCGAUUCCCUUCAUUAUGUCCGUAAGCCAGAUCUUAAAAAGAAAAGAGGGCGACCACCCAAGCUCAGAGAUUCUAUAUCAGAAGUACCUUUUGUACCUGGGUUAGGCUUUCCCCUCUCCAGUGGAGGUUUCUAUCACCCCUCCUAUGGUGUCCCAUACUCUUCAGCCCCGCUGGGGCUUGGGUACUAUCGUGGUUAUACCCCAGCAAGUGCCCUCUACCCUCAUCCCCAUCACCAGGCUCCCCACUCUGGCCCAUCCCACCACGUUCAUUCCCCUUCUUUUCCUCCACCUCCACCCCCUUCGUAUGUCCAUCACCAUCACCCUUCGCACUUGCUUCUCAACCCUUCCAAAUUUCACAAGAAGAAACAUAAGCUGCUUAGGCAGGAGUACCUGGGUGGUGGUCGUUCAUCAGUACUCUAUCCCGCAAUGUCGUCCGAGCUGUCAUUUGGCUGGCACCACAAACACAAGCAUAGGCACAAGCACCGAGAUCGCUGUGGAGAAGAGGAGGGUGAUGAUGUUGGAGGAGUUGUAGGUAGCAUUGGAGGCAGAAGUGGUGGAGGUGAAGGGUUGGGAGUUGGAAGAGGGGAGCGAGGGAGCGUAGAGUCCCUGCAGCGUUGCCGGUUCGGCCGAGAUGGCUCUGCCGACUCCAGUGCUAACAAACAGGCGGCUUCUGCCAACUCCCCUUCCUCUUCCUCCUCAUCUUCUGCAGAACGGUACAAGCGAAAAGAAGCCUCUAUGUCUUGUCUUGGGCCUUCGCGACUGUCUUUGGGCAGCGCGAGCCGAGGACAUCAUCCUGUUGACUCCUGGUUCAGGAUGGGAAGUUCUGAAACCGAUUACUCCAAACUCUCUAGAAACCAGUCCCUUUCUGGGUCUGGUCCAUUCUCUGAAGGACACAUGCAAAAUACAGCGGAGUGCUCGGAGAGUGAUGAAGAAGAUGCUGCUUCCCCCAUUGAGGAGGCAGAGACCAGCCACCACACCAACUUGUUCACAUCUGCACUAUCUCGGACCUCCCUCAAAGGGAGUCGCAGCAAAAAAGGUGGAGCGUCAGAGAGUCCCAGUCUUUCACGGUUGGAUCGGACGGUGAGACGAGAUCGUUCCACAUCUGCAGAGAGAAGAGAGAUUGGAAAUGUUUCUGGCACACAGAACCGAAUUGGCCAGUCCAUUGUUCCCGAGGUUUCUGAGGGCCCCCAUCAUCGGCACCACCAUCACCACCACCCUCCUCUAUCCCUCUCGCACUCUGCCUCUUGCCUUUCUCACUGCACUCUCGACCCGCCUGGAAGCGCCGCAGCUCUCCGGCCCUCCAGCCGGCAGGCUAGUCCCUCCACAUGCUCCUCUCAGCCUGCAUGCUGCCGGGACUCCCCCCCUUCACAUCACUCCCAUCGGCCCCCUCCCAAAAACAACCUGCACCAUGUCAACAAGAUCCUCCGUGCAAAGAAGCUCCAGAGGCAAGCACGCACAGGAAACAACAUGGUGAAAAAACGAGGUCCAGGCCGUCCCCGAAAGCACCCGCUGCCCUCGCCUCCCCCGUCACCCCCACCACAGACGUCUGAACAGGAGAACCACCCUUUACCUGAAAGGCACAGAGGAAGUGUGCUUUGGGAGGGAGACACCGUUGUUGACGUCAUUGAGUCUGUAAUACAGAGUCAGCGCAGAAAGGGACGCAAGAGAAAACGCUGGGACAGGGAGACAGAAGGAGGCGACGAGGAAGAAGAGGAACCGGAGGAUGAAAGAGAGGUGGAGGAAGAAGAAGAAGAACGACCAGCUGCUAGAGAAGAGGAUGUGAUGGCGAGAGCUAGAACAGAAGGAGGGAGGGGAUGGUUGACGCAGGAGGAAAUGCACUGUUUUCGCAGUGCGCUGGAGGGAAAACCGGAUGGCCAGUCGUCCCCAGAGCGCACAGGCCCUACUUCCCUGGAACAAGCCCCAAACCCAUCAGUGACCAGUCAACGGGAGAAGAGAGUUGCUAGACCACCCAAAAAGAAGUUUCAAAAAGCGGGGCUUUACUCUGAUGUGUACAAGACUGACGAUCCUCGCAGUCAGCUGCUACAGCUAAAGAAGGAGAAGUUAGAAUACACUCCAGGCGAACACGAGUAUGGCCUUCUUCCUGCCCCCAUUCAUGUUGGGAAAUACUUGAGACAGAAACGCAUUGAUUUCCAGCUGCCUUAUGACAUCCUGUGGCUUUGGAAACACGAUCAGCUCUACAAGAGACCCGAUGUGCCUCUCUACAAGAAGAUCAGAUCCAAUGUCUAUGUGGAUGUGAAGCCUCUUUCUGGCUAUGAAGCCACCACCUGUAACUGCAGGGCGCCUGAAGAGCACAGCGAGAAGGGCUGUCAGGAUGACUGUCUAAACAGGAUGAUCUUCGCAGAGUGUUCUCCAAGUACGUGUCCGUGUGGUGAUCAGUGUGAUAACCAGCGUAUCCAGAGGCAUGAGUGGGUGCAGUACCUCGAGCGCUUCCGGGCUGAAGGGAAGGGCUGGGGGAUCCGUACCAAGCAGCCUCUACGUGCCGGCCAAUUCAUCAUUGAGUACUUGGGAGAGGUGGUCAGCGAACAGGAGUUCAGGAGUCGCAUGAUGGAGCAGUACUUCUCCAACAGUGGCCACUACUGUCUGAAUCUUGACAGCGGCAUGGUCAUCGACAGCUACAGCAUGGGCAACGAGGCUCGCUUUGUCAACCACAGCUGCGAGCCAAACUGUGAGAUGCAGAAAUGGUCGGUGAAUGGAGUAUACCGCAUUGGUCUGUUUGCUUUGAAAGACAUCAACAGUGGAACAGAACUGACAUAUGACUACAACUUCCACUCCUUCAACACAGAAGAACAGCAAGUCUGCAAGUGUGGCUCAGAGGGUUGCCGUGGCAUCAUUGGCGGCAAGAGCCAGCGAAUCAACGGGCUGCCUGGGAAAGGGGGCGGAUCCGGAGGCGGAGCCCGGAGGCUGGGAAGACUGAAGGAGAAACGCAAGUCCAAACACUCACUGAAGAAACGGGAGGAAGAAUCCAGUGACAGCAGCAAGUUUUACCAGCACCUUUUAAUGAAGCCUAUGUCAAACAGAGAAAGAAACUUUGUGCUGAAACAUCGAGUGUUCCUGUUACGGAAUUGGGAGAAGAUGCGGGAGAAACAGGAACUUCUGAAGCGAGAGGGAGAGAGGGAGCGAGAGAGGGAGAACAGCGGUCUGUCUCUUUACACACGCUGGGGAGGAGUCAUCCGUGAUGACGGCAACAUCAAGUCAGAUGUAUUUCUGACUCAGUUCUCAGCGCUGCAGACGUCACGCUCCGUGCGCACGCGAAGACUUGCGGCAGCCGAGGAAAACACAGAAGUUACGCGCACUGCACGCCUGGCACACAUCUUCAAGGAGAUUUGUGACAUGAUCACGAGCUACAAAGAUUCAUCUGGUCAGACUCUUGCUGCUCCGCUGCUUAACCUGCCUUCUAGGAAGAGGAAUGUACAGUACUAUGAGAAGGUCACCGAUCCACUAGAUCUCAGUACCAUAGAGAAGCAGAUCCUUACUGGACACUACAAAACAGUUGAGGCAUUUGAUGCAGACAUGCUCAAAGUGUUUCGCAAUGCUGAGAAAUAUUACGGGCGUAAGUCUGCUGUAGGUCGUGACGUGUGCCGGCUGAGGAAGGCGUACUACGGUGCGCGCCAUGAGGCUGCUGUCCAGAUUGAUGAGAUUGUAGGCGAGACGGCCAGUGAGGCCGACAGCUCUGAUUCGCUGGAGAGAGACCACGCCCACCACCACCAUCACCACGAUGGAGCGGGCAGUCAUGACAAAGAUGAUGAUGUGAUCCGCUGCAUCUGUGGCAUGUACAAGGAUGAGGGGCUCAUGAUCCAGUGUGAGAAGUGCAUGGUUUGGCAGCACUGUGAUUGUAUGCGAUUGGAGGCGGACGUGGAGCAUUAUCUCUGUGAACAGUGUGACCCUCGUCCCGUGGACAGGGAGGUCCCAAUGGUGCCCCAACCAAGCUAUGCCCAAUCAGGUUCCAUCUAUUAUAUAUGCCUGCUUCGUGAUGACUUACUAUUGCAUCAGGGUGACUGUGUGUACCUCAUGAGAGACAGCAGACGCACGACAGAAGGCCAGCCGGUUCGUCAGUCAUACCGUCUCCUGUCUCAUAUCAAUAGAGACAAACUGGACAUCUUCCGUAUCGAGAAACUCUGGAAAAACGAAAAAGGUGAGAGGUUUGCCUUUGGUCAUCACUACUUCCGUCCCCAUGAGACGCAUCACUCUCCUUCCCGCCGCUUCUAUCAUAACGAGUUGUUCCGAGUGCCUCUCUAUGAGAUCAUCCCGCUGGAGGCGGUGGUGGGAACGUGCUGCGUGUUGGACCUGUAUACUUACUGCAAGGGUCGUCCGAAAGGGGUAAAGGAACAGGACGUUUACAUCUGCGACUACCGGCUGGAUAAAUCGGCACACCUGUUCUACAAGAUCCAUCGCAACCGGUACCCAGUUUGCACCAAGCCCUACGCGUUCAACCACUUCCCCAAGAGACUGACGCCGAAGAGGGACUUCUCACCUCACUAUGUGCCGGAUAACUACAAGAGGAACGGCGGCCGCUCUGCCUGGAAAAGUGAGCGGCCCAAAGGUGCUGCAACCUGCGAUGAAGAGCCCUCCCCCAGCGCGUCAUGUGACCGGCUGUCUGCCGGCUUUUCGAGAGGUGGGGAGGAGGAGGGAGGUAGAGGAGCGGAGGCAGAGAUGGAGACCACUCAGGAGGAAUCCAGCGCCCCUGUUCCCCAGCUAUCCACAUCACAGGAAAGGAGGACAGGUGGGGAGGAGGAAGAUGUGGAGGAAGAAGAGGAGGGUGAAGAGAGGGGAGAGAGGAGAGAGACGGACGAGGGAUCCCGAGAGAGGGGAGGAGGAGGAGGACAGGAAGCGUCGGAUGCCCCAUGCUCAUCCUCACUCUCCUCAUCACCCCUUCAUCCAUCAAUUCUGGGAAGAAGGGAAGCACAGAGAGAGCGACUGAACAAGAUCCUGCUCGACCUGCUGCACCGGGCGCCCAGCAAGAAUGCGAUAGAUGUGACGUAUCUUCUCGAGGAAGGCUCUGGUCGCCGCCUCCGCAGACGGACGCUUGGACUGAGCGAAUUCAUUUGUAGAAAGUAAUGCUGACAACACACUCUGCCGAGCACGCCCGCAGAGCAGCAACAGAAUAACGAAUAUAGAGGAGCAGAGGUGGAUGGACUACACCUGAAAACAAGGCGGUAAACAGGUGAAAGGCGACAAGUUCAUAUUUAUAUCUCACGGUUUCUUUUUUCUAAAGAAACUACGAGAGAGACCAGCCCGAGCUUCGUGCACUGAGAACAUGCAAUUUGUCGUCAACCAAGAUGCAUUUAAAAGUACAAGCGUCAGACAUAGGAAAGUUCAAACUGAAGAAAAAAGAAAAAGGCGACCGAACUGUCGCAGACGAACUACGACUUCACUGGUCAAAUGUCUCCUAUGACUAAGUGGUACUAUAUUUGGCCUUCGUUCCGGGUGCACAUGGGAAAAAUGGGAGUCCGGCGCCACCUUGUGGUUGACUUGAGAAAGAAAACGAGGCAAAAAAUGUAAAAAAAAAAAUAAAAAAAUCAUAGGAGGUGCAGUGUAGCGCACACACACUGCCCGUAGACUGAGAAAGGAGAGAGCUGAGAAAAAAAAAAACGUUGGCUAACUGCACUUUUAACAACAAGGACAUCAUUCGCUCCCGGAGAUGUACGGAAAAGACACACUAACACUCACGCAGUAUUGAUCAAUGCUGUAUGAUAAAGCAAAACAUAAGUAUGUUACCUUCUUUUUCUGUUCGUUUUUUAUUUGUUAUACUGUAAUUACAUUAGUAACAGAGCACGACGGGGUGGGGGUUAUCCAUAUUUGUGAGCUCGGGACUUCGGGACUGGGCUGGAAUGUUUCGCUUCUGUUAUCGUGGGCAUUGUGAUUGGUUAGAAUGGCUGCCAGCCCCGCCCCUUUUUUAAAAGUAUUUAAUUCACCAGCUCAAAAUGAAAAAAAAAAAGACAAAAUCUAGCAGUGGAGGCGCGCUGGCUUUAUAUACCGCCUUAGAAUGCCAUUAUCUUGAGCGUUUUUUUUGUUUAUGGUAGUGUGUGAGAUUCUUUACGGUGUUUGUGAGCGUGUGUGUGUGUGUGUGUGUGUGUGUGUGUGUGUGUGUGUGUGAGCCCAUUCUAAUAAUAUAAAUAUGAAAGAGGAAACAACUAAGGGCUUGACAGCAGUUAAUAAACAGUUAAAUUCAUGAAUUCACAAGAACGUAUUGUAUCAUGUGAUGUCAUAUUUUUUGUGAGUGGCUUGUAGGGCGGGCGGGACGGGGGCGGGUCCAGGUUUUAGUGCAUUUUCUUUUCUUUUAUUGUUUUUAAUGGCCUUUGCCAUGGAGAAUGUUUAUAAACAAAAUCACAAUGAGAUUUUUGCCCUUAAUGCAUCAGCUAUGACAGAAGUAUUUCAGACCCCUAAGAUGAAAAAAAAAACACACAAUGAAAACUGACAAACGAAAGGAAAGAACGUUGUAUAGUGCCAAGCUAUGUAUAUAAACAGACGGUAAAAUGUGAGAAAUGUCUCCAAAAGCAAUAUCUUGAUAAUGGAUUUUGUGUAUUGUAUUGUACAGGAUUCAGCCCUAUAUGUAUUAUUAUUAUUAUUAUUAUUAUUGUUAUUAUUAUUAUUAUUAUUAUUAUUACGAUUCUUAUGAUUAUUAUGCGAUUUGUAUUGACAGAACUGUCACAUGUAACUUUACGAGAAGCGAAUGAAAGCGGCAGACGCGUUAUGAUAAUAAUCGCUACAAAUUUCCAAAAACUUUGUUACCCAGAAAGCUGAAUUGAGCUCAUUGCGAGAGGGAGGAUCGUCUGAUGGACUUUGUGGAUAGGGGGACGUCGCAGUGACCCCACACCUGGCACCCGUCACUGUAAUAAUUAAUAUUAACAUUAUUAUAAUUAUUAUUAUUAUUACUUUCUGAGGAGAAAAAGAUAUAAUGUUCCUCGUUUUUUGCUGCAAAGUGUUGAACACUAAAAAAACAAACCAACAUAAAAAUGUAAAAUGAUAUUUUGGCAGAGAAAAAGACGCUGUCAACCCGAUAUCAUGUUCUUAAUCUCCUUUUUAAUUUUUUCUGUUGUCAUAUUUUUGGUUCUUCAGAUGAGAAAAGAUUGUUCUGUUUUUUGUGAUAGCGGUCAUAAAUAUAAUGCUUGUAUUUCUUGUAUUUGUGUGUUUUUUGUGUGAUUUGUUUAGUUCUUUUUAGACAAUCACAAAAUAAGAUGCAAGCAUUGUAUAUGGACAGACUGGCAGGCAUUUUGUGAUGUUGUGUACAGUUUGUCGAAACUUCUUCCACUCUGGUUCAAAGUUUGUAAUUAUAAAGUCAUGAAAAUGCUGUUGGUUUUUACUUUUUUUUUUUUGUUUUAUAUUCUAUUUGUUUUGUUUGUUUGUUUGUUUUUUAAUAAAAAGCACUACAUUAUUGUGAA